CAGGAUUGCAAUAAUCCCCGCACAUCGGAGAGUUAUGUGCAGUCCAGCAAUUAAGCAAUUGGCAGCUGUCAUCUCCAUUACGUACCGUGACUCUCAUCCCCCCCAUCCCGUAGUAGUAUUUAUACCUGCCCCUCCCUCUCCCCCGCUUCUACUUCUUCCCUCCUCUUUUCUUUCUUCCAUCAUCUCAACAACCAUCUACUAUCUACUACUUCAAUCCACUCAAGUCUUCAUCGACUUUCAUCACAAAAACCUUCCGUGCAAUGUAAUUCCACCUGCGUUGACCCCCCUCCCCGGGGGUCUCGUCUCGAUUCUUCAUUACACACGAUGGAAGUCAUGCAAUGUCUUUGGCUGGACUCUCUCAAUGAUCAGGUAUCUCAGGUAAAUCUUGGGCGUGGACCGGUGUUCGUUCCUAUCCAGUGGCAGACAGCAAUGCUGCGCUGCCACUGGCUCUGGGUUCGUUCUGAGAUUAUACGGUUAAACU